AUGAAUUCAAAUUAAGAUUAAUUGAUUAAUCUGUUAAAUAAAUUGAGAGAUGUUGGGCAAUAGUUUUUGAUUCUUCUGGGCCUAUAAACUUAAUCGAACAAUAUUAAAACAUGGAGCUUUCUAAAUGGAACAAUUAAAUUACAAACAAUAUUGUAAGGACAUAAUGAUUCGAUUAGGUGUUUAAUCUAUAGUUAGAAAUAGAAUUCCUUUGUUGCAGAUGACAAUACAAUAAGAUACUGA